AUGUGGACAGCCAGCCGUAUCAGUGAAAUACAAACUCUGACUGAUAUUCGCGAUUGGUACCAUGUGGACUCUGGAAACAACGUUGCCGAUGAUGCGUCACGCGGUCUUAACCCAUCUGAAAUGGGAAAGGAUUACAGAUGGCAAAAAGGUCCAGACUUCAUGAAGAAGGAUAUCAACGAAUGGCCAAUCAAACAUGCAAAUGAAGUUCAUGUGAAGAGAGAAGAUCUGGACAUAAGAAUAAAAGAUCCACGGAUGACCAUUGGAAGAUGCAAGUCACUAUGUGUCCAGAUUAAUGGUGGAACAAAUGAAGAUUAUUCAGUUAUUCUUGAUAUCCUAAAAACAUUCAACAUAACGGUCAACAAAAAUGACAGCCUGAUGAAGAUUAAACAUCGCAUCUCUAGAAUCAUAAGAUUUAUGGAAAAUGCUUCACAACUUUUCAGAGAUCGACUGAAGAGAACAGUGAAGACUACUCCAGUUGCCAUCAGUAGUAUGACGAAAGCAGAACGUUCGAGAUGGUUUGCUGAAAAUGAUACAUUUGUGCCUACCAAGCUUGAGUUAGUAAUAUCAAAAUUGUUUCUUAUUCAACAGGCUCAGCAGUCGCUACCAUCAGAUGUGGAACAUAAGCUAAAGUCACUGAACCCAAUACUGAACACCGACGGUGUGUGGAGAGCACUAGGUCGUACUGGUGCUGCUCUAUCAAACCCGCCUGUGAUUAUACUAUACUCUGAACCCUUUGCAGAGAUCUUGGUGCAUAAAUGUCACCAACCGCAGCACUCUGGUGCGGAUACUACUCUUGCCCUAGUACGUGAGCAGUUCUGGAUCCUCAACGGUAAACGGUUCGUCAGCAAAGUUGUGUCGCAGUGCCCAUAUUGUCGCUUUCUACGGAAGAAGAUUGCCCAAGUAGAGAUCGCUCCUCGUAAGGUGGAACAACUCGUGCGAUCACCAGUAUUCGAGCAUGUGGUCAUUGACAUAGCUGGUCCGUUCAAUACCAUCGCAGAUCGCCGCGAGACGAGAAAUUACCAGGUAAAUUCUGGUAAAGCCUGGAUUCUGGUCAUCGUGUGUCGUGCAUCUGGUGCGGCCCACAUAGAGGUCCUUGAGGUUAUGAUACCAACUGCUUCCUUGCAGGUUUCGAUGCUUUCACUAGAAUCCGCGGAAAACCCACGUCUGUGA